AUGCAUGAACAUGCAUCUGCAAUCUUGGAAAAUCCAAAGAAUGCCAUCAUAGUUGAAGGAGAAGAAGCUGUUCUUAGUUGCGUGGUGGAUGGAAAUCCUUCACCAAAAGUUACUUGGACGAAGAAUGAGGAAAAACUAAAUAUAACAGAUGUGCGACUAACAGCGUCAUCACAGAACAACAAUCACAGUUUAACAAUCACAAAUGUUUACCGGUCGGAUUCGGGACAAUACAGAUGUGUGGCUCUUAAUAAUGUUGGAAACUUGACUUCAACUCUAGGGACUUUAACAGUUCAAUUUGCACCUGAAUUUAGCAGCAGCCCGCAGAAUGUGAUAGUAAUAGAAGAGAAUAAAGUCACAGUAACUCUGAACUGCACAGUUUUUGGAAACCCCACACCAGAUGUGAAAUGGACAAAAGAUGAAAUUGAACUAUCAAAAAAUGAAAGGAUUAAUGUUUCUGAGAUUGUAGGAAAUAUUUCAAGUUUGACAAUUACCAAUACUGUGCGAGAAGAUGAAGGCCAAUAUAGAUGUGUGGCAAAUAACAGUGUAAAUACCAGCACCUCAUCUCCAGGAAAACUGACAGUUAACUUUAGAGCAGAUGUCUUGAUUAGUGGCAGUGAACCAAAGUUUGUUGAAAUAAGCAAACAGAUCCAGCUGACUUGCCAGUAUAAUGCUUCACCGCCAGUGUUGGAGGUACAGUGGGUAAAAGAUGGAAAUGCCAUUGCUAGAAAUGAAAGUGGCAUUGGAUCAGUGACUAUUACACAGUUCACUGAAAGUCAAUCCCAACUGAUAAUCUCAUCAAGUACAAAGCAGGAUGAGGGAACUUACACCUGCUUUGUCACAAAUGCUGUUGGUAACUCCUCAAAUGCUACAUCAGUUCUUAUACAAGUGGUACCAGACCCACCACAGAACAUCACUGUUGAUUCAAAGGGUUCACGAGUUGUAAAUAUCUCCUGGACUCCUGGUUCUUCUGGAAACAGUGACAUUAAGAACUACACAGUAGAGAUCAGUGAAAAUAAUCAGAACUUCAAUGAUGUUGUUUGUCAAGGGUCACUCUCAAAUGGUACCUGUGUGGUGUCCAGUCCCUCCACAACUGCCUCUCUCACAGGUCUUUUUCCUUGGACAACGUACAAUAUUAGAGUGUUUGCAACAAAUAAAAUUGGCGGAAGUAACAGCAGCCCCAUUCUGGAUGUUACCACGGAUGAAGAAGUGCCAAGUGAGGCUCCGUCUUUUGUUGUGACUGUUGUCAAUUCGACUGCAGUGAAUGUUUCCUGGCAGAUGCUGAGUAAGGACAAAGCUAGAGGUGAAAUAUUGGGCUACUACGUUUUGUACCGAGUUAACAGCACUCCUCCCUGGAUUAAUAAAACGGUCGAUGGAGCCGAAAUGACAUCGCUUUUAGUGGGAUCAUUAAAUGAACACACUACAUACGAAUUUGCUAUGCAGGCGUUUAACAGUAAAGGUGCUAGUGAUUUAAGUGCUUUGUUGGAGAAGACUACCGAUCAACAUAAACCUAGUGGGCCACCACAACAAGUCACAAUAAGCGAGGUAACAUCUACAACAGUCAAAGUAGACUGGAAUCCUGUCCUUGCUGAUGAUCGAAAUGGAAUUAUCCAAGGAUAUAGAGUGAAUUAUCAAGCCUUACCAGAUGGUGAAACUCUUACUGAGUCUCUUAAUAUUAACAGUGGAGAACAGGGUGAAGGAAAAACAAUAGUUUUAAUGACUCUGAGUGAGUUUACAAACUACAGCAUUAGUGUGUUAGCAUUCACUGAAGUCGGAAAUGGGCCAAAAAGUGGUGCCCAGGUUGUGGAGACACUAGAAGACAAACCCGGUGGCCCACCAGAAGCUGUCACAAUCAGUGCUACAUCUUCCAAAAAUCUCUCCGUUUCAUGGGAUCCUGUCAUCGCCGAAAAUCGAAAUGGAAUCAUUAAAGGAUAUAAAGUAAAUUAUCAAGCCUUACCGAGUAGUGACAUUGUAUCCAAGUUCCGCAAUAUCACUAGUGAAGAACAGAAUGACCAACAAACAGUGAUUUUAGAUAAUCUGAAUGAAUUCACAAACUACAGCAUCAGAGUGUUAGCAUUUACUGUAAUUGGAAAUGGAAGAGAAAGUGAUGCCCAGGUUGUGGAGACACUGGAAGACAAACCCGCUGGCAGACCGCAAGCUGUUACAGUUAAUGCUGCAUCUUCUAAGAAUAUCUCCGUUUCAUGGGAUCCUGUUAUCGCUGGUGAUCGAAAUGGAAUCAUCAAAGGAUAUGAAGUAAAUUAUCGAGCCUUGCCAAGUGAUGACACGGUCUCUAAGUUCCGCAAUAUCACCAGUGAAGAACAGAAUGAAAAACAAACAGUGAUUUUAGAUGAUCUGAAUGAGUUCACAAACUACAGCAUCAGAGUGUUAGCAUUUACGGUAAUAGGAAAUGGACCAGAAAGUGAUGCUCAGGUUGUGGAGACAUUGGAAGACAAACCCAACCGCUCACCCGAGAUUAUGGCAGCUACUGCAACGUCUUCUAAGAAUAUCUCCGUUUCAUGGGAUCCUGUCCCUUCUGAUAAUCGAAAUGGAAUCAUCAAAGGAUAUAAAGUAAAUUAUCAAGCCUUACCAAGUGGUGACAUAGUCUCCAAGUUCCGCAAUAUCACCAGUGAAGAACAAAGUGAGAAGCAAACAGUGAUAUUAGAUAAUCUGAACGAGUUCACAAACUACAGCAUCAGGGUGUUAGCAUUUACUGUAAUUGGAAAUGGACCAGAAAGUGGUGCCCAGGUUGUCGAGACACUACAAGACAAACCCAACCGCUCACCUGAGGCUGUGACAGCCACUGCAGUUUCUUCUAAGAAUAUCUCUGUUUCAUGGGAUCCUGUCGUUGCUGAGGAUCGAAAUGGAAUCAUCCAAGGAUAUAAAGUAAAUUAUCAAGCCUUACCAAGUGGUGACAUGGUCUCCAAGUUCCGCAAUAUCACAAGUGAACAACAGAAUGAAAAACAAACAUUCAUUUUAGAUAAUCUGAAUGAAUUUACAAACUACAGCAUCAGAGUGUUAGCAUUUACUGUAAUUGGAAAUGGACUAGAAAGUGGUGCCCAGGUUGUGGAGACAUUGGAAGACAAACCCAAAGGCUUCCCUGAGGCUGUGGCAGCUACUGCAGUUUCUCCUAAGAAUAUCUCCGUUUCAUGGGAUCCUGUCAUUGCUGAUGAUCGAAAUGGAAUUAUCAAAGGAUAUAAAGUAAAUUAUCGAGCCUUACCAAGUGGUAAAAUGGUCGCCAAUUUCCGCAAUAUCACCAGCGAAGAACAGACUGAAAAACAAACAGUUAUUUUAGAAAAUCUGAAUGAGUUCACAAACUACAGCAUCAGCGUGUUAGCAUUUACUGACGUUGGAAAUGGACCUGAAAGUGGUGCCCAGAUUGUCGAGACACUACAAGACAAACCCAACGGCUCACCUGGGGCUUUGACAGCUACUGCAGUUUCUUCUCAGAAUAUCUCUGUUUCAUGGGAUCCUGUCAUUGCUGAUGAUCGAAAUGGAAUCAUCAAAGGAUAUAAAGUAAAUUAUCAAGCCUUACCAAGUGGUGACAUGGUCUCCAAGUUCCGCAAUAUCACUAGUGAAGAACAGAAUGACAAUCAAACAGUGGUUUUAGAUGAUCUGAAUGAGUUCACAAAGUACAGGAUCAGAGUGUUAGCAUUUACUGUAAUUGGAAAUGGACCAGAAAGUGGUGCCCAGGUUGUGGAGACAUUGGAAGACAAACCCACCAGCUCACCUGAGGCUGUGACAGCUAUUGCAGCAUCUUCUCAGAGUAUCUCUGUUUCAUGGGAUCCUGUCAUUACUGAUGAUCGAAAUGGAAUUAUCAAAGGAUAUAGAGUAAAUUAUCAAGCCUUACCAGGUGGUGACAUGAUCUACAAGUUCCACAACAUCACCAGCGAUAAACAGGAUGACAAACAAACGGUGAUUUUAGAAAAUCUGAAUGAGUUCACAAAUUACAGUAUCAGUGUGUUAGCAUUUACUGUAAUUGGAAAUGGACUAGGAAGUGGUGCCCAGGUUGUUCAGACACGGGAAGACAAACCCAACCGCCCACCUGAGGCUGUGUCAGCUAGUGCAGUUUCUUCUAAGAAUAUCUCCGUUUCGUGGGAUCCUGUCCUUUUCGAUGAUCGAAAUGGAAUUAUCAAAGGAUAUAAAGUAAAUUAUCAAACCUUACCAAGUGGUCACGUGAUCUCCAUGUUCCGCAAUAUCACCAAUGAAGAUCAGAAUGAGAACCAAACAGUGAUUUUAGAUAAUCUGAAUGAGUUCACAAACUACAGCAUCAGGGUGUUGGCAUUUACUGUAAUUGGAAAUGGACAAGAAAGUGGUCCCCGGGUUGUGGAGACACUGGAAGACAAACCCAGUAGUGCCCCUAGAAAUUUGAGUUUAGUCAACACAACUUCAACAAGCAUAUUUGUCGAGUGGGAUGCGGUUUUGCUUGAUGAACAGAAUGGCAUCAUUAUUUCUUAUAACGUCAGCUAUCAGGCGAUCCAUGAAAAUGGAUCUGGCGGACGUAUCAACUCUACAUUAGUUAACGCUCCUAAAAUGUUCGUAAACUUGACGGGCCUAACUAAAGAUAUGUACUACAACAUCAGUGUCUUAGCCUCGACAAGGGUGGGCGACGGGAUUUACAGCAGCCCAGAGAAAUUAAGAACAAACGAAGACAGGCCUAGUGGUCCUCCGCAGAGGGUAGAAGGUCAGUUUAAUAAUUCAACCAGCAUCAGUGUUACAUGGGAUGAUGUGCCUGAAGACCAGCAACAUGGUGACAUUAUCAGCUAUACUGUCAUGUACAGAAAGUUAACAGAAGAAAAUUUCAAGAAAAUAAAAGUUACUUCAAAAUCUGCUGAAUUGGUGGAACUUGAAAAGUAUACAAUGUACCGAAUAGAGGUCCUAGCUACUACCAGAGUUGGAAAUGGGCCACUAAGUGAACCCAUUAUGCAGAGAACAGACGAGGACAAACCAGAGAAACCUCCUCAAUCAGUUAAUGUAACGACAAAGGACAGCAGUAGUAUCGAGGUAGAAUGGGGGCCGGUUCCUGAAAAGUUUAGGCAUGGUAUCAUUACGAAGUACAUCAUACUCUACAACUAUUCCAGCGAAGGAAAGCCAUCAGAACAGAACGAGCCGAGAGAUGCACUGAAAACAGUUGUUAGAGGACUCAAGCAAUCUACUAAAUAUACAAUCCAAAUUUUGGCUGCAACUGUGAAGGGAAGGGGUCCACCAAGUGACCCUAAAUUUGCUACAACCGAAGAUCCACCAGAGCCACCAAAAGUGGUCGAAAACAACGUUGGAAAAACGGAAGUGAGCAUACCGUUCAAACCGAAACAGGAAUUGAGUAACGGUCACCCAGUCAGUAAAUAUCAAGUGAUAGUCAUGGAACUUGCAGAAGGACAAGACCCUGGUAAAUCGUCAGAUCCAAAAUAUAUUAAAGUCACUAGAAAGUAUGAAGAGAAAGUGGCAGGGGAACCAUACAUUACAGCUGAAUUUGCCAACAAUAACGAGGAGAGAACAUCUUUCCCUGUUGGAGAUGGGAAGUACUACUCGACGGAUGGUGUUACUGAAGACAAAAGGAAGCGCAGAGAGGUCGUGGUGAGGUAUCUCAAUGGCAAGCUCAACGAUGGAGCUGAAUACGUUGCAUUUCAGCGCUCGUUUGACAGAGAGGGUGUUUAUGAGAGUGAGGGAUUCGUUGACUUUAAAACCGAAAAGGACCACACAGUAACAAUCGUGGUAGUGGUUGUUGUACUUGUUAUUGUAAUUGCAGUUAUUGGAGGGGGAAUUUUCUUCUAUCGUCGACGACAUAGUCAGCCUGGCAAUGGUGAAGAAGAGUUGGCCCUGAGACCGCAGAGACGUGGAAGAACUCUAUCAAAAAAAAUCCUAGGUCGUGCAUCAGGAGCCUUCGAUAACCCCAUCCACAAUCCUGGAGAAUCGGUGCCAGUGGAGGAUUUUGAUGAACACGUGCGACGUCUGCACGCCAACGGCGAUCUCUUGUUCUCUCAAGAGUACGGUUCUCUUCGACCUCAGGCCGAUUUCACGUGGAAUGCGACUUUAGCUCAGGAAAACAGGCACAAAAACCGUUACAACAACAUUGUUGCGUAUGACCACAGCCGAGUCAAAUUAUCACCCAUACAAGGUGUACCAGGCUCUGACUACAUCAACGCCAACUUCCUUGACGGCUAUCAGAGAAAGAAAGCGUACAUCGCUUCGCAGGGACCCCUCCCAGAGACCGAAGAUGACUUCUGGAGAAUGAUCUGGGAACAAGACUCAAAGACUAUCGUUAUGGUUACAAACUUGGAAGAACGAGGUCGUAUAAAAUGCCACCAAUACUGGCCGUCAGAGGGUGGAAAGACUUACGGUGACGUUCAAGUUGCAAUGAUGCAGACAGUAGAGCUCAGUGAUUUCACUAUCCGUACUUUCACACUAAAGAAAGCCAAUAGCAGAACUGAGAGAACACUAAAUCAGUACCAUUACACAAUAUGGCCUGAUCAUGGUGUUCCUUCAUGUCCUACUUCACUUCUUACGUUUGUUAAGAAAGCUUCUGGAGCUAAUCCGUCUGACGCAGGACCCAUGGUUGUUCACUGCAGCGCAGGGGUUGGCAGAACUGGUACUUUCGUUGUGGUGGAUGCCAUGUUACAACGUAUUGCUGCAGAGAAGACAGUAGAUGUCUUUGGAUACGUUAUGACACUGCGACGUGACAGAAAUAUCAUGGUCCAAGUGGAGGAGCAAUAUGUUUUUAUUCACGAAGUUCUUUUGGAGGCCAUCCAUUCUGGAUACACUGAGAUACGAGCUAACGAUCUUAGAUCCCACAUGAAGCUUCUCAUGCAAGUCAGUCCUACAACUGGCCAAACUGAAAUGGAUGAAGAGUUCAUCCGUUUGGGUCGCGGCAAUGCUCCCCAAUCCAAGUUCCAGGCUGCCAACAUGAGCUACAACAAGACGAAGAAUCGUUAUGCAAACGUUUUAGCCUUUGACGACACUCGGGUUAAACUGAGUAUGAUCACUGGAAUAGAAGGCUCUGAUUACAUUAAUGCUAACUUCAUUGAUGGCUACAUGACCAGAAGGGCAUUCAUUGCAACUCAGGCUCCCAUACCAGAC